AUGUUAAACGGAAAAUUUUUUACGGGUCUACCGCCCAAAAUGAUAGAACGUGGAGGUAGCGGGGCCACACCAAAUCGUCUGGAAUCUCAUUUAUUUUGGCCUGAUGAUACCAAGGCAGAAUCUGCUGUUGAACAUCGUCUGAAACGUCGGAACAGUGUACAAUUGCAGGCCAAUGAUAAACCCCAGGUUACCAAACAAUUUUCCGUGGGCGGGGCAAAUGAAGUGGAUACCAAGCGGAGAUUUAGCAAGGAGUUUUCACAGUCAUCAAUCCAGUUUUAUGAUAAUUUAAAUGAAAAUGAUUCGAUGGGCAAUAGAAGACCUCUACUGAGAUCAGGUGUGGGCAAAAAAAUGGAACUAACAGAAAAACCAACUGCCACUAAAUUAGAACUGCCGGAAACUAUUGUGGAUGAAGCCUACACCACUGCCAAACGAAAACAGGCUUAUAUGUCGAAAAUACAGUUCUACGACUAUAUCAAUGAACAAGACGAGGAAGGGGCCAAGCGUCAACAGAAUAAUUAUCGAAAACCCAAAAUGGAUAUGAACGAUAAACGUGAAAUGGAAUUGAAUUCGAAGAAUAGUCCAAAACUGCAAAUAAAACGCGAUGUACGAAGUCUCAGCGAGGAAAAGGAGAUACCGAAAAUAAAUAAUCGUUAUAACAAAACGCUGGAAAGACCUUCAAGGCCAAUUAAGGAAGUUAAUGUAGCCAAGGGGAACUCUAAUCUCCAAUAUCGCGAACGCAGGGAUGAUAGUUAUGACAGAUCGAAUAUUAGAUCAAAUGAAAGGAAAAAUUCACGUUAUGACAAGCAACCGGUUAGAAAUGUGGAAAAAUCUGAAGAUCGCUAUGAAAAUGAUCGUGAUUAUUAUGAAAAACCUACCAGAUCAGUAUUAAGCAAGGAAAGGAAUUAUGAGGAGAGGGAGGAACCUCGUCAACGUUAUAGAACCUAUGAUCAAGCGGAAGACUACGUUGAGGAACCUCAAUACAGACGCAUACAAAAUGAUACUAAGAAACCAAACCGCAGAAAUGAGGACAACUAUAAUUUCAACGAAGAAGCAGAUGAAACUGGCGAAAGAAUGCGAAAAGUUCGCAUAGAACCAUCACCACCCCGAAGACAUCAAUAUUAUCGCGAUGAGUAUUAUGAAGACGAACAACGUCCCAGCGAAAAUUAUAGACGUAAUCAAAUAUCUCCUACAAGAAAUGUAACGAAAAGAGGAAAUUUACAACAACGUUCGGAAAAUAGGUCAUACGAUCAUUACGAUGAACAUGAUGAUACCCACAGCCAGCCAUAUGAGGACAGAUAUGAAGGACAAAGACAAACCAGUCACAAAGAAAAUGUUAAACGAAAUGUCAAUAAAUUAAAUAACGAAAUGUAUUCAAGGAGAUAUACUGCAUCGCCCUCUCCGGAACCACGCCGCACACCAAGUGCAUCACCUGAAACAGCAAAAUCGCCAUCGCCACCACCACCAUCAUCAUCGGCUGAGGUAAACAAACCUCGCAAACAUUUGCGCAGUAGUUUAUGUUUUCAUGAUGGUGCAAUUAUAGCUGAGAAUGACGAUGCGACGCUGUCGCCCACAUCUGAGAAACCAGCACCGCGUCGUAAUAUUCGCAGCACCGCCACCAAACGGGUUAGUGUAGGUUUGCCGGAUUGA